AUGGCAACAGAGGUCGCUCGCUCCUCCACUGCGUCAGCUCGUGGGAGACCGAGUGCUGAGGACUUUGAGACGGCUUCCAUCCGCUCUGCUGCGCCUUCAUACACCUCCGAUGCACCUUCCUACCACUCGGUUGCUCCCCACCCCGAGCCGGUCCCGCCAUACUCACCACCGGCCUCGCGUUCUGCCAGCGGCUCAACCUCAGCCCCGCCCGCGGCCUCGAGCUCCAACUCCAACUCCAACACCAACGCCCACUCGCGGGUAAACUCGGGCACCUCGGCCCACCCGAGCCGCGCGGCCCCGGGCCUGCCCCGCAUCCCGUCGGGUCUGCCGCGGCGCCAGGCGGCGCGGCUGCCCUCGCUCGACGAGUUCCGCAUCCCGACGUGGUCGUCGGUCAGCGCGAGCCCGAACGCGCGGCACUACCACAGCGUGGCGCAGCGGCGCGUCGCGGCCGCCAACACGGCGUCCGACCCGCUCCAGUGCGCCAGGCGCAUGCUGCUGGAGCGCGUCGACGAGGAGUGGCGCCGGAACCGCGUCCGCCCGCUCGAGGACCCGUACCUCGUCGGCGAGGAGGCCGCCGCGCGCGCCCGCGCGGAGCGCCUCGCCCGCGAGAACACGGCCGACGUGCUCGUGCUCGACGACAAGAGGUGGGAUUGGUUCCUGGCCCAGACGAAAGAGUUUCGACGCGGGGUCAGGAAUGGAUCCCAGGGAAAGCUGGCUCGCCGUAUCGGAGCGCUCUGA